AUGCUACCCCGGCGCUCGGAAACACCUUCCCCCUUCAUCGACAGCAACCCACCUCAGGCGCUCCGCCACUUUGCGAGCCAGCGCUUCCAAGGAGACGAGUACGAGCAGGACGACGUGCCCCUCUUUCCUUCCUCCCAGCCCGAGAGGACCCUCUUCCCUUCCUCCCAGCCUGAGAGGCUGAGACGCACCGACGCGUACCGGCCUCAAACGGCGACAGGGACGGGGCACCGAGUUGUCGCGCAGAGCCCGCUCGUCCCCCAGCGGAACUUGUCCCACACGGCCUCGAUGGCGCCGCUGCAGUCGCAGUAUACUCAAUUCUCGACCAUGGAAGAGCACCAGCCACCGCCCCCGUCGCAGUCGCAGACCGUGCCGCAAAAGAACCAGACCAGCAGCAUCAUUAGGGACACCGUUGAUCGCAUCGAGCACAAGGUGGCUGGAUUAGUCGAGUCUAUGCAGGCAAACCGCGAUGCCUUACACGACCUGAAGACGAGCUUACGUGCUCUCCCGACGCGCGAGGAAGUCAGGGAGGAGGUACAGGAGACUGUCGCACAGAGCUUAGCGGACGUGGUGUCCAGCCUUACCACUGCCGUCCAGAAUGCCGUCCAGCCGCUCGUCAAGACAACGUCUGGGAUUGCAGCCGAAUUAGAGAAGGUCAAGACUGCCGUUAGCAACCUCAGCAGCCCCAGCGGAGGAUCGAGCAGCGGUGACGGAGAAGGAACCACCGCCCGCCUCCUAGAAGUUCUUAUCGACAGACUCAAGCCGAUGGAUGAGCUCAAGGACGCGCUUCAUAAUAUCAAGGAUCUCCCGCAGGCCAUUAUCGCCGUCACGACCUUUGCCGACGCCGUCUCGCUCCUCAAGACCAAGGUGGCCGACGGCUUACGCGAACACGAGGCGUCUCUCACGCCUCCUGCUACCCAGGCCAGACGCGCAUCGGAGGAUGCACUGCAAGGAAGACAGAACAGGAUCGCACCGACGGCCUCCUCAGCGACCCUCAACUGGCUCUCCCAGCCACAGCCGCCAACGCCAGCCUCUCUCGCCACGCCUCCCUCCCCGGCCAUCGCUGAACUUGCCGCGAUCAUGAAGGUCGUGCAUGACGAUUUGUCGUACUUGAAGGUUGCGGGCUUGGCCGACGUCCAUGGAACCAUGCGGAAGCUCAAUGAUGUGGUGACCGCACAGGCAGCUGCAAUGGAGACGGCAGCGGAAAACGUUGCCGAGCUUCGCAAGGGCAUCGAUGCCAUCGAGGUGGUCGCCGCGGCCAGAAAGUCGGGGGAAGGCGCCUCAUCGCUCGACCCGGCGCCAGUCAACGUACCCGCAACCACUACCACCCUCAAGCGCAAGGCCCCCGUCCGAAAGCCCAAGGCAGAGCCUUUCACCCCUGAGCUGGACUCCAUCGAGCAGAUCGACGAUGUCUUCGGCCCUGUUGUGCCCAAUGAGGCUGAGGGCCCAGCGAACAAGAAGAAGAAGGCAGCUCCAAAGAAGCGGGCGGCGACCACUGCCGCUCCAAAGAAGGCCCCUGCCCGUGCUGCUACUACCGCCAAGAAGGCCCCCGCGAGGUCAGCAACGACGACAGCAGCAGCGCGGGCCAAGAAGCCCGUUAUCGUCCUGGACUCGGACGACAGUCUCGAGAGCCGCUCGCCCGAUACGCCAGACAACUCGCCACUUGCCUCGGUUAACGACAACAAUGUCAUCCCUCUGGACGUCGACGUUCCCGUUCAUGUCACGAGGAGUGUCGUUCGGCGCCUGUCGUCGCCUGCCGCGCCCACGUCCAGCCGCGUGCCGUUGCCCAUGCCGCGCUCGUCGCCUGCGGUUCCCAACCUGGCAGUGGCCAAUGCCAGCGGCAGCAACCUGCCUCCGGCCAGACCUCAUUUCGCGAGACUGGCCUCGCCCGACGAGGAAGACCUGGACGAGGCCGCGAUGGACGCCCAGAUUGGCAUCUUCUAA